AUGAUUGGGUUAUUUAUUUGCUUAUCUUAAUAGUAAGUAAAGAGGCCUGAUAGACUAGUCAAAUCCGGUAUUAACUUCGCAUAUAACCAGAAUUUAUUCGAUAAAUUUAAUGACAUCUUGAAUUAUACAGCUCAGGACUUGAUUAAUAAUCCAAUUAACCUACAAAUUUAGCAUCUGUUCAAUCUUAAAAUAAAAAAUGAUGAUCCUAAUGACCCCUAAUUUGGAUACAAUGAAUCACUGUUUGACUGGACAGUUCAAAAUAUUAACUUGAAAUACUUCCUAUUUGACAGGUCUGCCUCAACAGUGUCACUUAUAGAGCCUUCUCAAAGAAUUAAAAUACACGUCAGUAACUUUCAUGCAAGAAUCACUUUUGUUUCUAAUUUCACUACGAAUUAAGAUCUGCUGCCUUAUACUGAGCUGAGAGAUGUUGAAUUGAGACUAGCUAAUGUAUCACUAACCAUAACUAUCAGGUUAAAUACUUCAGAUGCAUUCGCGCUAAAUUUAAAAGUAGAACAAAUUCAAAUUAAUGCUAAAAGUAGUGAUGUUAACCUUAUUUGCCCUGAACAAGGGAUUUUCAUGAAUGAAGUUUCAAAAUUCUUUGAAGAUUCCAAGGAUUUCACCCUAUAAAACAUUAACUAGUGGCUUACUGAUGUAAAUACUCUAAUAUAAAAUAAAGUUGAUUUACUGAUGUCAAUUAUCUCAAUAAGUAUCAUGAGAUGCAGAAUAUAUGAAGAUCCUUAUGCAUAUGUGUUCCUUGGAUUAAAUAAACCUAUCAACCAAUAAUAUAGUCCUAUCAUAUAUGACAACUUUUUAUCUGUAACUCAUUUCGGAACAAUUUCUGAUUUUGGCUUUGAUAUUGCAGAAAAUGUAAACUAUAUACCUCUUUAUCUUAAUAUCCCCUCUACCAUGUAAAUUUUUGUAAGUCUGCAAAGUUUAAACCAGCUUUACACUAUAAUUAAUGAUGCUCAUAACAGAACAAUGAGUUAUGGGGGAGAUCAGUUGACGAAAAAGCUGAUAAAUAAAAUUAUACCUAACUUUGACUAAUCAUUUCCAAAUAUAAUAUCUCCCAAAGUGGAGUUACAAGCUCGAAAUGCACUAUCAUUAUCUAUUGCUGCUGGUGAUUUGUAUGUCGAGGAUAACACAUUUUAGCUUGUAUUAUACAACUGUACGGAUUAAUCCUAAGAAAAUAGACAAUUUCAAGAAAUUAUCAGAUUGGAAGUUAACAUAAGCGUCAUUAUCAUCUCAGUUAAUAUGAGUGAAGGAAUGAUUUUUUAUUACAAAUUGAAGAAUUAUAAUUUCAAGAGCGCAACUUUAAUAUCUAGUUCAAAUCCAAAGUUUAACCCAAGUAUGUCAUUAGUCAUGGACAAUUUUAACAAUGGAGCUAAAUUGGAUGUGAGAGGAAUGAUUGAUGCAAUAGGUUUAAAUGGUACAAAAUCAGAUCCAUCGAAGGUAUUUGGAAAGACCUAUGCCAAAUUUUGGGAAAGUUUUUUUAAUAAUUCCUAGGUGAUUCUCAAACAUGAAUACUUCUAGAUAUAGGUAAAAUUAGAUAACUUCACCGACUAUACUUUAUUCACUGAUAUGAUUCAUGGUCUAUUUAAGGCAAUUAAUUCUACCAGUAAUGGCGAUUAUGCUUAGGAUUUUGAAUAAACAAAUUAAAGAACUUUAAGAGCGUUGUAGGCCAUUGGCUCUAACACUCAGGCAUUCUCUAAAUAUAAGAAUCACAAAAACACUUUCUUCAAGAGUAGUUUAAGUGGUAACACAAAGCUUUUGGAAAAUUCAAGAUUUUAUAAAGCAGAAAAAUCAUAUGUUGAAAGUAUUACUGAACAUGCUAGUAAUAUUUAUAAUGAAAUUUCAUAGAUGAAAAAUAUACUCUAUGACAAUUUAUAUAUCUAUCCAGAAUGA